GAAACCUUCCCUCCAAAUCAAAACAUUUUGAAAAUAUCUUCUACAUUCUUCUUGAACACGCUUCUUCAGCUUCACUGUAACAAAAUCCAACUGCUGAGCAUCGCUAAUUCGAUAUGGUAAAAAUAGCAGUUUAACAUGCUGAUUAUCGCUAAUUCGAUAUGUCGAAGAAAAGAGGUCUUUCAUUGGAAGAGAAACGAGAGAAAAUGCUGCAGAUCUUUUAUGAUUCACAAGAUUUCUUCCUUCUUAAGGAACUUGAAAAGUCGGGUCCCAAGAAAGGUGUUAUCAGCCAGUCAGUGAAAGACGUUAUCCAAUCAUUGGUGGAUGAUGAUCUUGUGUUUAAAGACAAGAUAGGGACUUCGGUGUACUUUUGGAGUCUGCCUAGCUGUGCUGGGAACCAGCUGAGAACUGUAUCUAGAAAGCUUGAGACUGAUCUCCAGACCAAUAAAAAGCGGCACACUGAACUUGUUGAACAAUGCAAUGCUUUGAAAAAGGGACGUGAACAAUCUGAUGCACGAGAAGAGGCCUUGAAUGAGCUGAAAGCUAUUGAACAGAAACAUAAGGAACUUAAGGAAGAGCUGGCACAGUAUGCAGAUAAUGAUCCUGCUACUAUUGAAGCAAUGAAGAAGGCAAUUGAAGUUGCCCAUUCAGCAGCUAAUAGAUGGACGGAUAACAUCUUCACAUUGAGACAAUGGUGUUCCAAUAACUUUCCCCAAGCAAAAGAGCAACUUGAUCACCUAUACAAUGAGGUCGGAAUAACAGAUGACUUUGACUACCUAGAGUUGCCGGCAGUGGUUCCUCUUGCAGUUACCGAGGGUGAACUUUAAUUGGCGGAAAACCAGUUUGACAUAUGCUUUCCUUAUGUUCUUUCACCUUUAACUACGUUUGUUCUUUCCAGAGGUCUAGCUGUUUGGUUCUUGCUUUAAAAAUAUGAAUGAUCUUAAAAACAUUGUCAAAAUCCUGAUGCACACUGAUAUCGUUUAGAUAGUGCCCAUCUGUGUAUGUAGUCUGGGCAUCUUAAUAGCCAUAAUAUUGAUUAGCAUUGCACCUGGAUCGACUUUACAAUGUUUUAAUUUGCCACCAUAUAGCAUUGUAUUGGCUUCUUCUCU